GCCAGUUUACCCUCAAUAUUUGAUUUACAUAGCAUGUUCCGUGACUUUUACCAAAUAAGACAUCCCGAAAUAGAAGCUAUAUGUAUAAGCGCCGAAAGCCUUCAUACACGUUUACAAAAAAAAACGCAACCCUUAUAUAAAGUUGCACUCCGACAGCUAAACAAUACCCUUGACAUCGACUUCCAUUUAUUAUGUCCAUUCCCUACGGUUCUGCUGCCCCACUUUCCGGGCAGGUCAGCAGCAGCGACAAUGCGCUCCCUGUUGAAUACAUGUUCUCUCAAAUCAUGAGCGCAGUGCAGAAAUCUCAUGUCGAGAUAUCCGAUCUCCGGCAGGAAUGUGCUGACCUACGAUUGGCAAACGCAAGCUUGGAACGUCAAAUCCGGGAAGGGUUUCAGCAAAAUGGGAACGGAAACUAUUACGCCAGCUCGCGCAUAGGCUCUGGCUUUGUGACCCCAGUGCCCGGCAGCCCUCAGCUUCGAGCCAAAUCCCCAUUCCUAUCUCCGCACAGUAUCCCUUCCCUAGUCGCUGUACCCGCCGGUCACUUCCCGUCUCCGUUGGGCGAUAAUGCGGUUACACCUUUCCAACACGGUGUCCGCGACAUUCCCGGGUUCUACGUUGUCAUUCCCGCAGGAGGUGCUGGUACGCGGCUAUGGCCGCUAUCGCGAGAAGAGCACCCGAAAUUUCUUCUCGACUUGACUCUCAAGGGACGUUCCUUGAUCCAAGCUACCUGGGACCGUCUUCUCCCUCUUUCAUCCCCCCUCCGCACCACUGUAGUCGCAGGUCCUGGUCAUGUCAAGUCUAUCCGCGAACAACUGCCUGACCUUCUCGCGCAUAACUUGAUUUGCGAGCCUGGUCCAAAGGAUUCCAUGGCAGCUAUCGGACUUGCUGCAGCUGUCCUUUCAAAACGAGACUCUAAUGCCGUCAUCGGCUCAUUUGCCGCCGACCAUAUGAUUUCAGGUGACGACGCCUUCCUUUCUGCCGUCGCGGAAGCCGUCGAAGUAGCGAAGAAAGACUAUCUCGUUACCAUUGGCAUUGCGCCUUCUCAUCCUUCCACCGGCUUCGGUUACAUUCGGCUUGGAAAUAAACUAGGAAUCAAGGAAGCUCCAAACGCUAGGCUCGUCUCCAGCUUCAAAGAGAAACCUGAUGCGCGCACUGCUGCCGCAUAUAUCGGUACUGGAAACUAUCGAUGGAACGCUGGGAUGUUCGUCACAAAAGCGACUUUCCUCUUGGACCUUCUUAAGGAAUACAAACCGGAACUCCACGACGGGCUACAAAAGAUUGCGGCUGUAUGGCACGACGAGGCAUUACGCCAGGCCGCUCUCAACGAAAUCUGGCCCGAGCUCGAGAAGAUCCCGAUCGACAACGCAGUCGCAGAACCUGCUGCUGCUGAGGGUAAGGUUGCUGUAGUACCAGCAACGUUUGGCUGGGAUGACGUUGGAGACUUCUCUUCGCUCGCAGACCUACUACCUGCUGAAUCUAAUCAGCCUCGUGUCCUUGGGGACAGUUCUUUGGUGCUGACGGAACAGGUUGCUGGAGGAAUUGUGGUACCUGGCUCAGGACGUCUUAUCACGUGCCUGGGUGUCGAUGAUCUGGUUAUCGUCGAUAUGCCUGAUACCCUUCUCGUGACCACGCGUGCACGAUCGCAAGAGGUGAAGCGCCUCGUGAAGAAGUGUCGUGAUGCGGGUUGGAAACAACUUCUUUAAUGGGUUUUAUUUUGGACUUUUGGAGUCGGAAAUCAACAGACUAUGUAGCACGAUGGAUGCUUGUGGAAAUGGGAUUUGAUCUCACGCUCCCAACUUUCUUACUGACUUGUGCUCCUACUAUACCUUUUCGAGGCUAGUUAAUAUUUUGUUCUUCUACGUAUGUACGUGUGCGUGUGGUGUUUGUCACUGGGUACUUAUUCGUCUGCUGAUAUGGACUUAUAUGAUGUAACACGUCAUGAUGUUUUCCGCCACGAUUCUGAUGGCUUUCGGGUACUUGCGAUUACAGCGCGAGAGUAAU